AUGUCUUCAGAACUUGAACCGCAUAUAUUGAAACGUUAUGAAAUAGAGAAGAGAAUAGGAAAGGGUGCAUAUGGAAUCGUAUGGAAAGCGAUCAAUCGAAAGACAAAAGAAGUUGUCGCCCUGAAAAAAAAUUUCGAUGCAUUUCGUAAUCAAACAGAUGCUCAAAGAACAUUUCGUGAAAUUGCAUUUUUACAAGCGUUUGGUAAUCAUCCAAAUAUUAUCGGUUUAUACAAUGUAAUACGAGCUGAAUGUGACAAGGAUAUCUACUUAGUAUUUGAAUACAUGGAGACAGAUUUACAUAAUGUAAUUCGUAAAGGAAACAUUUUGAAAGAUAUACAUAAACAGUAUAUUAUGUAUCAGUUAUUCAAAGCAACUGCAUAUUUACAUUCUGGUGAAGUGAUUCAUCGAGAUUUAAAGCCAUCAAAUGUUCUAUUAGAUUCUGAUUGUUCAGUAAAAUUAUGUGAUUUUGGUUUAGCACGUUCAUUAAAAGGUCGUAAUAAAUAUGAUAAUAAUAAUAAUGGUAAAAUCAAUUGUAAAACAUUAUUACCUGCAUUAACUGAAUAUGUAGCAACACGUUGGUAUCGUGCACCAGAAAUUUUAUUAGCAUGUCAUGAUUAUACAAAAGGUGUUGAUAUAUGGAGUUUAGGUUGUAUAUUAGGUGAAAUGUUAAUUGGUACACCAUUAUUUCCUGGUACAUCAACAUUAGAUCAAAUUGGACGUAUUCUAGCUGGAUUACCAAAAUUAAGUAGAGAAGACAUGGAAAGUAUUAGAAGUCCAUAUAGUAUUUCAAUAUUAGAAAAAACCCAUAUUAAACGUCGUCCAUUAGAUCAAAUAUUAAAAAAUGCUAAUAAAACUGUAAUGGAUUUACUUAAUCAAAUGAUUAAUUUUAAUCCACAUAAACGGAUUGAUGCUUUAACUGCUCUUAGACAUCCAUAUGUUCGAAAUGAACAAUAUUAUAAUGAUUCCUCAUGUGAACAUGAAAAUGUCAACAGUACACAUUCAGUAACAGUAAAACCAUCCAACAUGACAAAGCCGUCAUUCGAUCAAAAAUCUUCUAGUAACCAUCUCAACACUUCAAUUCUUAAUAAAGAAUCAAGAAUAUGUAUUUCUACAACCGAUUAUUAUCAUGUCAAUGGAGCUGAUAAUAAAACAUUCACUCAUAGUAAUGGAAAUAUAUACGAAAGAUGUAAUACACCAAGUAAUUUGCGCAGUAAACAAAAACUAAAUGGAUCCAUUCAUAAUAGUUUUACAUCUGGAACUAAUACAUCAUUUAAUGAUCAAUUGGAUGCACAGACAAUGAAUAAUGAUACGAAUAGUACUAAUUGUACAAAUGACACAUGGAAGUUGAAUGGAUCCAGUUCAAUUGGUAAAAUUAAUAACAACAAUUCAUUUAGAAAAUCAUUUUCUUCUUUUAAUUUACCAUCAUCCUCAUCAUCAUCCUCAUUAUUGUCAACAUCCAUAAUUAAAAAUAAAUUCGAUCAGUUGAAUACUAAUCUGAUACAACCUAAUGAAUCAUUAAAUCAAUCCUAUGACAGUUAUCAAUAUCAACAACAGUCAGUAAGCAAUUCAACACUGAACUGUAAUUCAAAUGAACAAUGUAAUUUAACGUGUUCUCUUUUAUGUUCAUAG